UGCAACGAAUUGAUUUCGCUCGCACUCGGCCGAAGCGCCCCCCCAAUCACCUCCAUCCAGGGAUGAUGAGCUUUCUGUACGGACGCCAAACUCCUCAGCCCUCACCGCGUGUGACUGCGCGUGCGCCGAUGCCACCACCCCUCAAACCCCAUCCCACGCUCGUGCAUUGAGCCCAGUCGGCCCUCGCUGCCACCGCGCGUGCGCGCCUAACUCCGUCCCCCUUUCUCAUGUAACGCAACCGCCCGCGUCACGCCCCUCAUCUCUCUCCUCUUUGGAUGCUUGCUGCAUUCAAGACAUGUUUGGUGGAGUUCGGGGGAGCCGGGUGGACCCGUCAUCAUCAGUUCCCUGUCGAGCUGUCACUUUUUACCAAAUCGCACAGAUUAAUUUCGGGACAAGCCGGCCACGCCCUCCAUGUUUGUGCAUGCUUCCUCUCCCUCUCUCUCUCUCCUCUCUCCUUUCUAUAAUGAUUCUUGCUAGACCCCGCACUGCUUCUCCAGCUAGCUCGGAUGUUUGUUCUUUACCCGUGUCUUUAUUUAAAUGUGCGCAUACAAGAGGGAAGGGCGAGAUAGCGAAGGCUAAAUGGACAGGCGGGCUCGGGCGACUAAAACAAAAGACAAGACAGCGGCUGUGGAGGAAACAAUCGGAUUGGAUGCAUGCGGAAAGCUUGAGAGAAAAAGAAACGUUUCGUCCAACGGUGUGCCCUGCUCUGUUUUACAUGAUGCUAUUUCCGUCGGUGAAGCGUAUUCCGACAACAAGAUAGAUGCCACCGGGAGUGAGGAAGAAGAGGAGGAGGCGGCGUUUUGUGAGGAGGGGGUGAAGAAGAAGAUGGGGGUUUUAGCGAGGAUGGUUGGCAUGGAGGGAUGCGGCCAGCCGGGUGUCGUGCUGACGGAAGUUGUGCGUGUUCUGAAGGAGCUGGACGGUAGAGCUCGAGGCGUCUGCAGCUCUCGGAAAUGAUUCAUUUAGAGUUGAAUGGAGCGUGGAUGGUUUAAGGGGGCUAUAUAUAAUUAACGGUUUCAAUUUUUCCAUCUAUGAAUCUUCUUCUUUGUUCCUUGUUCUGUUUUCCUUCCUAUUUGAGUUACAGUGUCGAAGAAAAGUGGCUCUUUUCAAUUGCUCCGUCAUUGGUCUAAAAUUGGAUUCUGUAAGAGUUCAAAUGGAGGAAUACCGCCCGAGUUUAAAAGAUGUAUUUGAAUAGGAUGAAUACGUUAG